AUGUCCCAAAGUUAUAGAUCUACCCGUUCUUCCGCUAAGGAAACUCAAUCUUUUGAAAACACUAUUAUCCAGGGUCUGGGAUCCGACGGAGGUUUGUUUAUCCCUUCUGAAAUUCCCCAGGUUGAUGCUCAAACGCUUGAAAAAUGGUCGAAGUUGAGUUUCCAAGACCUGGCUCUGGAAAUCAUGAAGCUUUACAUUUCGAGCGAAGAAAUUCCGGAAAAUGAUUUGAAAGAGUUAAUCCAGAGAUCUUACUCUACUUUCCGCUCCAAGGAGGUCACUCCGUUGGCCAAAGAUAUUACUGGGAAUGGUGAACAUUUGCACGUUCUUGAACUAUACCAUGGUCCAACUUACGCCUUCAAAGAUGUGGCUUUGCAAUUCGUGGGUAACCUAUUCGAAUACUUCCUCCAAAGAGCCAACAAGGAUCUGCCUCAAGAAGAGCGCAAAAAGAUCACCGUUGUGGGUGCUACCUCUGGUGACACCGGUAGUGCUGCCAUCUACGGUAUGAGAGGCAAGAAAGACGUCUCUGUCUUCAUUUUGUAUCCAACUGGAAGAAUCUCGCCAAUCCAAGAGGAGCAAAUGACCACCGUUCCUGACAAAAACGUACAGACUCUGUCGGUGAAGGGCACCUUCGAUAACUGCCAAGACAUUGUGAAGGCGAUUUUCGGUGAUGUCGAGUUCAACAAAAAGCACAAUGUGGGCGCUGUAAACUCUAUCAACUGGGCCAGAAUCUUGGCUCAAAUGACAUACUACUUUUACGCCUAUUUCCAGGCUGUCAAAGGUGCUCAGAGCAAAGUAAAGUUUGUUGUUCCAAGUGGUAACUUCGGUGAUAUCCUCGCCGGCUACUACGCCAAAAAGAUGGGUCUACCAGUGGAAAGACUGGUCAUCGCCACUAACUCGAAUGAUAUCUUGGACAGAUUCAUGAAGACUGGUGUUUACGAAAGAUCUGACGACGUUGCGGCCACCCUUUCGCCAGCUAUGGACAUUCUUGUCUCUUCAAACUUUGAAAGACUAUUGUGGUAUCUAGCUCGCGAUGUUUUGGCCUCUGGCGAUGACCAAAAAGCCGGAGAAAUUUUGAACCAAUGGUUUGUCCAGUUGAAGACGGAAGGUAAGUUCGUCGUUGACCAAGCUGUUAUCAACGCUGCUUUGGCUGACUUCGAUUCCGAAAGAGUAUCUGACCCAGAAACGAAAGAAACGAUAAAGCAAACAUACCAAUCGUCUCAAAAUCCCAAGAAUUAUAUAUUGGACCCCCACACCGCUGUUGGUGUUUGCGCUACCAAGAGACAGAUCGCUAAGGACAAGGAUAACAAUAUUCAAUACAUCUCUUUGUCCACUGCUCAUCCAGCCAAGUUUGCCGACGCUGUCAACGACGCAUUGUCCGAGUUUGACGGUUACUCCUUUGAAAAAGAUGUGCUUCCUGAUGAGCUGAAAAAAUUGUCCACCAUGGAGAAGAAAUUGAAGUUUGUCGAGAAGGCUGAUGUAGAGCUUGUUAAGCAAACUAUUGAGGAGGAGCUGGUCAAAAUGGGUUUGUUUUAG